AUGAUAACAGCUCCUCGAUUUCCGGUAGUAAUAAAGAUCGGCCACGCUCACGGAGGUCUAGGAAAGGUGAAAGUGGAAAAUCUAAACGACUUCCAGGACAUGGCCAGCGUAGUUGCCGUAGCUAACACAUAUUGCACCGUUGAACCGUACAUAGAUUCAAAAUAUGAUAUUCACGUCCAGAAAAUCGGAAAUAAUUAUAAGGCUUUCAUGAGGAAAUCAAUUUCAGGUUGUUGGAAAACAAAUACUGGAUCAGCAAUGUUAGAGCAAAUAUCCAUGCCAGAAAGAUAUAAAAACUGGGUCGACGAAGUUUCCGACUUGUUCGGUGGAUUAGAUAUUUGCGCUUUAGAAGUUGUAGUCGGCAAGGAUGGACGUGAAUACAUAAUUGAGGUCAACGACAGUGCUCUAACGCUAUUGGGAGAUACUCAAGAGGAGGACAGAAGACACAUAGCCGAUCUAGUGUCCUCUAGAAUGCAAGCAAUUUGUAGACCAAGGACCCCUCCUCCCAGUGAAGAGCCUCCCCCGCCACCUGUUGGCCCACGUGGUAUUCUGGGAAGCCUCAGUAGCCUUACACACUCGGAGACGCCACCACCGAGUGCAACUUCAGAUGCUCCCUCUUUGGCAAAUGUUGGUAGAAGAGACAGUCAAGCCUCACAGUCAAGCACAAUUAGCAGCGCACCAAGUACAGGACGUCUUCCAGAUCCCCCACCUCGUCCCGGCUUCCAACGCCAAGGCAGUCAGUCACAGUCUCUCGCAGAAGAUACGGAAGAUACUAUGAAGAACCUUAGAAAAACCUUCGCCGGCAUUUUUGGGGACAUGUAA